AAUGUUAUUUCUUUGGACCCAGAGAGUAAUACCCAGACCACCGUUCUAUGAACCGGAAACAGCUGUUGUUUAUAUUUUGGUUCCUUUCCUCGUCACUCGUCACACUUUCUGUGAGUACAUCAUUCAUGAUCGGUUAAAGGUGAUCGAAGGAAACCAUCUAAUCCACUUUUACGACACCUUUACUUAUGCUGUCGAUCCUUAAAUGUCCUGGGCGUAUAGAUCUAUCUGAAGAGGUGUCAAUUAAAAGAAAUUAUAAUAUUGUUUGAAAACAAGGGAAAAUAAACUUAUCGAGUGGAGUGUACCACACUGUACUUCUGGUGAUUGUCAAUAAUUGGAGACAAUUAGAGCAGGCAACAUUUCAAGAUGAGGAAACGCCCGAUUGUACAAAAAGUGGAUGAUGUCCAGAUCUCAGAGGAGGAAACGACCACUCAAGUGUGCACGUCUGCGUGUCUGUCUGUGUGGGAUUCCUUCCUGAGGCUGGACGAUCAGUACACCAAGCAACUUGCCUUAUGCGCCACCAGGGAUGCCCCCCUAGGCUAUCUCCGGCCAUUGAUGAAAGUUCUAGAAAUCAGUUGCCACGGAGUACCCUGGAUACUUGGGACUGCUGUGAUGUUUCUGUGUUCUCAUAGAUCUCAAGACAUUGAAAUCUCUGUGAAUUUGUUUUUUGCUCUCAUGUUUGAUCUCAUCGUGGUGGGCGUGUUGAAAGCGACGUUCCGGAGGUCCCGCCCCAGCCACAACGUGAUGGACAUGUUCGCAGCGCCCUCUGUGGACAAGUUUUCCUUCCCCUCGGGACAUUCCACGCGCGCGGCGUUCAUGGCGCUCUUCCUGUGCAACCACAUGCUGUCCAACCCGCUGUACAUUUUGGUCGUCUGCAUGUGGUCGCUCAGCGUCAGCGCGUCUCGGAUACUGCUGGGUCGCCACCACAUCCUGGACGUGGUGUGUGGGUUCGGUAUUGGGGUGCUGUCCUACUACACCUACCUCAACGUGUGGCUCUCGCAGGACACCUGUCUCCACUAUCUGGAUACUUACUUUGGACACGUUCAUCUAUGAGUGCUGUGGAGGGCGGGGGUCAUUUCAGAAGAUUAUUUAUAAUGGGAUUGUGAUGCCAGAUACAAGUUGGGAGACACAUAUAUUAUAUAUAUAUAUAUAUAUGUGUCGCAGCAUGACAGGAUCAGGCGCUCGUCAAUUUUUGG